CUCACACCACCAGCCAUCAGUGCCACAACGACGACUGGUGACUUGAUCUCGGCAUGGCGUCGCUUACCAUGGCAGAGCAGCUGGCCAAGCUCAGAUCGCUCACGGCAUCAAAGCUUGACAAUCAAAAGGCACCCGCUCAGCUCCUCGUGGCCAUCGAAGAGUCCCUCGACGAGUCGCAGCCUACAACGAGCACCAAGAAGGAGCGCUCGCCUGCAGAGUAUUUCCUCGCCCUCGACUCUAUGCUCCACCGUGGCAACAAUUCAACAAAGCUACUCCCAUCCAUCUUCUACAUCCUCGCCAUCGUCACUCCUCACGUCUCUGCAGCUAUUCUGCGCGCCAGGCUACCGUCGCUCCUGCCGCCGCUGUACUCGGUACUCUCCAAUCCUCACUCUAACGAGGCCGAACAGCAGGCUGCACUAUUACGCUCCUCUAUUGCGGUUCUCGAAGCACUCAUCGCCAUCGUCGGCGAGGAUAGGCAGCUGCUCCAGACGCAACAAGAGCUGCGAGCUUCCUGGGAUGCCUCUCUGGCUCUCUGCGCUGACAGCAGACCCAAGGUCCGGAGGAGAGCUCAGGACUUCAUUGGCUCUGCUCUCUCAUCGCAACAGCACCCUUACGCCGCCCGCACGGCGACGUGGUGCUCCACCACGCUAUCGUCAGUCUCAGAUUCGGCCAGCGUCACGUCCAAGAAGGGCAAGGCAACGGCAGCAGCGGCGGCAGCGGCCACGUACGAUGUUAAGAAGGGUCGAGCGACAGGUGCCCAAGAGGCAGCAAAGCAGAGGCAGGAAAAUGUGGCAGGAGGCGCAAGCGUGGGCAUCUGGGUCUGCGGCUUCCUCAAGGCCAUCGUCACCAGGUUGCCAGACAAGGCCAUCCCCCAACUCUGCGAAGAGCUUUUGCGAUUGCCCGGCCUCCACAACCCUUUCCUCACUGUAGCAGCCUUCGAAGUCUUUGAAGCCCUUUAUCGACCAGCAAAGUCGUCGACGCAGAUUGCUGCUGACAACCUUCCGGGCUCGAGUGGCGCCAUGGCCGCCGUCGCUGCCGCUCAGACCCCAGCAAAGAAAUCGGCACCAUCUUCGCUACUUCGCACACUCGAAGCCCUGCGCUCCUCUGCGCUUCAGCCGGCAUCGAAUGACGUCCAGCUCCUACCACCUUACCUGCGAGCGUUAGAGGGAGCCAUCGUCGCCUACUCGCGCUACGAUGAGGGAGAGCCCGCCUGGGCCCUCGUCCCACAACUCUGGAACGAUGUCAUGGAGCUCAGCCUCAGCGCCCGCUCCGAUGCCAGCCGAUCAUCAAUCACCGUACGAAGCGCAGGUGCAGACUUCCUCGCGUCCCUUGUCCGCUACGCCGUACCCGACGAGGCCAUCAAGACGGCGCUCAAGACCAAGUCAUCGCCCUUACACUCCCUCGUCACCUCGCUCGACGAUGCCCUGGGCCGACAUGCGCUUCGGUUCACCCACUCGCGCGGCGAGAUUCUUGGUGUGCUCACUGCUCUGGUAACACGGCUGCGCUUGCGCGUUGGAGUUAACUCGAGUCCAGCUGCUACUCAGCUCCUCAUUCCCCUCAUCACUACCGUCGCCGCGCUGCGACAGACUCCCAAGUUUGAGCACAGGGAUCGAGCAGAUGCAGUGUUGGGAGCUGCGACCGAGGUCUGCGGGCCAGAGGCCAUCCUCACAGCCUUGCCUCUCAACCUUCUUGCCGGCAAUGGCCAAGGCCGAGCAUGGCUUCUGCCCCUGAUGAAGGGUCGUAUCACCAACACGUCGCUGGGCCACUUCGUCCGUGACCUCGUGCCCCUCUCGGAGAAGCUCUUCAAUGCCCGCACGCAAGCACAGCAGGACGCAUCGCGAGGCGUUGAGGCAAAGAUGUACGAGGCUCUCGUCGAGCAGCUAUGGUCCCUGUUCCCGGGGUACUGCGAUCUACCCACCGAUUUGGUUACCGCCUUGAGCCAGCCAUUCGCUGAACUCCUCGCCAACGUACUCGCCACUCAACAAGCCUUGCGCCCGAGCAUCUUGCGCGGUCUCACGCUCCUCGUCGACCGUAAUGAGGCUCUCAGCCGUAGCGGCGCUUCAGACGAGUCGCUCCGUCUGACAUUCGGCCUCACCGCCGCCGAUGGCAAAGCAGCCCUCACUCAUUUGAUCGGCCUUGCCCCUGCCUUUCUCUCCGUCUUUUCUCAUCUCCUUGCCCAGUCGCCGUCGUCCUCGCGCGGCUACAUCACCGAGGCCAUCGGUGCAUUUCUCCGCAUCCUGCCGGCCAGCGAGGUGUCCGCAACAUACGGCAAGGUCGCUGGCCAGCUGAAGACGGCUCUCACCGAGCUGGUGCCGCAGAGGGACCGCGAAGUCGGCCCGCAUGCAGUCCCGCCUCUUGCACACAGCAUGCUCGACCUCCUCAUCACUCUCGUGCCGUUCCUUCCAGCCGCAGAGGCACUCGCCCUCUUCAAGGCGGCUACGUCGGACGAUUUGUUGCAGAAUGACGACGCUGGCGUACAAAAGAAGACGUACCGCGUGCUGGCACGACUGCUCGAGGGAAGCAAAGGAGCCGCCUUGGCCACCUCCGCAAACGUCACUUCUCUCCUCACUACGCUGCGCGAAGUCACAGUGGCCGUCGCACCUGGAGCUAAGCGUGAUCGUCUGCACCUACUGAGCGGCAUCGUCCCUCGCAUCCCGCUCGGUGACCUUCAUCUAUUGCCCUCGAUCAUCCCAGAGGCGGUCCUGGCUACAAAGGAAGCCAACCAAGCGUCUCGCACUCUGGCGUAUGAGCUGCUCGUCCAAAUGGGCGAGAAGAUGCAGCAAGAAGGUGGAAAAAUCAAACGCGGCUUGCUUCUCGAGAACGACGAUAAGGAGGACGAGCAAAAUGCGAUGGACACGACGGACGUGGUCGAUGCAAGCCUUACCGAGUACCUCACAAUGGUUAGCGCCGGUCUAGCAGGCAACUCGCCGCACAUGAUCUCCGCAACAAUCACAUCCCUCUCGCGCUUGGUAUACGAGUUCAAGGAGCAGCUACCCCGCUCGACCCUCGAGGAAGUUGUCAGCACGAUGAGCGUCUUCCUCACCUCGUCGCCCAAUCGCGAAAUCAUCAAGAGUGUCCUUGGCUUCGUCAAGGUUUCCAUCGUCUCGCUCGAGUACGACGUGGUUGACGCGGCGCUUCCGGAGUGGGUGCCAGGGAUGCUCGAAUGGAAACAACACCCUGCCCAUCGCGUCGUAUUUAAGGGCAAGGUGAGGCACAUCUUUGAGAGAUUGUUGAGGCGCUUUGGUUACGAGCGAAUCGAGUCGCUUUGCGAUGAGGAGAAUCGCAAGUUGGUAGUCAACAUCAAGAAGAGGAAGGAGAGGGCGAAGAGGAAGAAGGCGAGCGGUGGUUCAGCUGGUCAUGCCGGAGAGGACGAAGAGGACGACGUUGCGGCCGGUGCAGGUGCUCCAGGAGCAAAGGCACCUCGUCGCGAUUUGGGCGUCGAUGCCUUCGAGGAGGCGCUUUAUGGCAGCGAUAGUGAUGUCUCAUCGGAUGACAGCGGAGAGGAGGACAUCGAGCAAGGAGGCGCAGCUGGCGGUCUGGCCGCACUGGCACGCAAAGCAGCGGGAGCACGUCAGGGCAAGGGUCAGAAGCCCGAACAGCAGCAGCAGCAGCAGCAGCGUCGCCGUCGUCGCGACCGUGACGAUGAUGAGGCGUACCUCCUCGAGGACGAUGAUGCCCCUAUGGAUCUGCUGGAUCGCUCAGCCGGUGCCGUGGUGCAUCGCAAGCCUGCAGGCAAGGAUGCCAAGGACGGUGGCAAGCGUCGCGCCCCCGGUACGGAAGCUCGUCGCUUCGACCUGGACGAGUCAACCGGUCGCAUGCUCAUUAAUGAUCCUGAAGACGAAGGCAGUGCAGGUCCGGCGGGCAAUGGUGCUUCAGCCGACCUGUUUGGCCCCUCUGGCGCGUAUGUCGAGCGCGAGACGGGCACGGAUGGCUUCACUCACUCAGGCCGCGGUGGGGCCGUCAAGUUCAACAAGAACAACAAGCGUGUCCGUGCCGAGGAGAGGGAGGCGGACUUGGAGGCCGAGGAAGCCAUUGCUGCCGCCGAGGCUGCUAGGGCGGAUGUGAGUGGUACGUCAUCCGCUGCGGCGAAGCGACCGAAGAAGGCUCAGCCCGAGCGCAUCGGCGCUUCGUUUGCUGCAAAGAAGAAAGGAGCAAAGGGAGAUGUCAAGAAGGCGGGUGGGCCAGAUCCGUAUGCCUACGUCCCCUUGAGUGCUGUAGGAGGCAAGAAGGGCUCGAAGCAGGAAAGGAAUGUGCAGAUUACGGGCAAGAAGCGGAGGUGACGCUGUUGACGUGCCAUUGAAUCCAGGAUUUUUUUUUUUGAUGACCAAGGAGCAACGCGACCUUGGCUGCCUGCUUGGCUGCUUAGUACUCAGCGAAGGAGUAGGAGGCAUCACUUGGAGUGACGAGGCGGAGACAAGGGUCUCGCGAGAAGCCUUGCUGCGCAGCUCAUUCGUCGCGGAGCUAUGCUGAGCGCACUGAGCAGGACCCCUUGUGAGACUGUCGGUCAUCG